AUGCAGUCCUCUGUCGAGGCCAAUGGCAAGUCUCCCGACCCAAAGUCAAGCCCACAAGAGACGGCGAGCGUCUCGGAGGGCCUGGGCCUCGCCAGUGAUGUCCAUCUUCGCCGGGAGUUCAAGGAGCGUCACAUUUCCAUGAUUGCAGUUGCCGGAGCAAUUGGCACCGGCCUCAUCAUCGGCUCGGGAACUGGAUUGGUUCGUGGCGGUCCGGCUAGUCUGCUGAUUGCUUAUUGCAUCGUCGGCGCGGUUGUAUUUUUCAUCAUGACGGCGCUGGGGGAAAUGGCUACAUUCCUGCCCAUGGACAAGGGCUUUGCCGGUUAUGCCACUCGGUUCGUUGAUCCGGCACUUGGCUUCGCAACUGGCUGGAACUACUUUUUCAAGUAUGCAAUUGUGCUGCCGAAUAAUUUGACUGCGGCGGGGAUCAUUAUCCAGUAUUGGAGACCCGAUCUCAAUGUUGGUAUAUUCGUGGCUACCUUUACUGUAGCCAUUGUUGCAGUAAACAUUCUUCACGUGUCAUUCUUUGGAGAGGCUGAAUUCUGGAUGUCCGUGACAAAGCUUCUCGUCUUGGUACUACUCAUCAUUACCUGCUUCACAAUAUCAAUGGGCGGCCAACCGUCAGGCGAGCGCAUCGGAUUCAAAUACUGGUCAGACCCUGGCGCCUUUGGGACGUUCUUGGUACCUGGCACCACUGGCCGGUUCCUGGGCUUUUGGGCAUGCAUGGUCCAGGCUUGCUUUGCAUACACUGGCACCGAAGUCGUGGGCGUAGCGUUUGGCGAAGCCCCGAAUCCAAAAAAGACAGUUGCGCGGGCUGCAAAACAAACUCUGUUCCGAAUCACGACAUUUUACAUCCUCGGUGCCCUGGUCUUGGGAAUGAGCGUACCCUAUACCAACGAUCAGCUGAUUGGCGCCACCCACUCGAGCACGGGAGCUGCUGCCAGCCCUUUCGUGGUGGCCGUACAGCUCGCGAAAAUUCCAGUAUUCCCUCACGUCAUCAACGCAUGCCUCCUGAUCUUUGUGAUCAGCGCCGCCAAUAGUGAUAUCUACAUCGGUUCGAGAACUCUGUUCGGCUUGGCUCACGACGGACAAGCGCCAGCCAUAUUCCGUCGCACCUCUGCAAACGGUGUGCCCUUGUGGGGUGUAGCCAUGAUGAGUGUCUUUACGGUACUAGCAUACAUGAAUGUCAGUAAAGACUCGUCCACUGUUUUUGGAUAUCUUGUAAGUCUCGUGACUGUCUUUGGGACACUGAACUGGAUAAGCUGCUUGGUCAGUUAUAUUCGAUUCACUCGCGCCAUGAAGGCGCAGGGCAUCUCCCGAGACUUGAUGCCAUAUCGAGGUCCACUACAGCCUUAUGGAAGUUAUUUUGCCCUCUUGCUCACCAUAUUAAUCACCUUCUUCAACGGCUACAACGCCUUUAUACCUUCAUUUACUGUUUCGUCCUUUGUGACGUCGUAUAUUGGCAUUAUAAUAUACAUUCUCAACAUUGUGUGGUGGAAGUAUUUUAGAAAGAGCAAGGCUGUUGGCUUGCAUGACAUGGACCUUUAUACGGGCAGAAUAGAGGAUUGA